CCAUUACUCUCAUCGCCUACUCGCCACCUCCCCACUGCGCCCUCUGGAUUUAAUCCUUAAGGGGUGCCUACUGAUUUCCGGGUACCAAGCUACUUUCCUCCCCACCAGUACGCGGAAUGGAUGUAUUACCCAUACUUUCUUCGUUGUCGGCAGGCAACAUUACAUUCUGUGUGGAAGUGGGAACCGUACUGCAUGCUGUCGGACGCUUUCGCUGUUUGCGCUGCCUAGUAGAGGCAUCUUUUUCGUCUCGCUUGCGCUUGAGUUCCGCCAAAACCUCACCGCGUUCCAAUAGGCAAGCUGUGUCACUAUUGAGAUGCCGCCGAUCAGCUUUUCCUUUUGCCGUAAUUUGUCGAAUCUCCUCUCUCAGAUGGCAACUUAAUUGAUGUAGGACUAUUGGAUGUGAUUGCGGAUAGGCCCUCAACAUAUAGGUUGUGGAUCGAGUGGGGAGUCUUGGGAGUUCUAGGCUGGAAGGAUCAUAGCGGGAUUGUAUGGGUAGAUUCCGGAAGCACGAAAGCCCGCUCGAAUAUUGGCUUUGCUGAAUGCUUUUAUGUGCGCUCGUGCAAGUACUCAUCGGUGAGAAAAUCGAAACAUCUAAUGGUUGAAGGAUAUGUGAAGUGUGGGCUGGCAGGCAAAGGGGAAGGAUCUUGUUUGUUAAACAGUAAUCGAGAAGGUCAAAAUCCAUAUGA